AUGGGGAUACUUGUGUUCCCCGACAACUCCAAGAUUGAGACAUUCUCCCAGACGCAACGUCAAGUCAUCGUCAACCAGAACCCCAACCCGCUCCCGGCAAGCCAUGUCGUCGGCUCGACGGGACAGCCGUUCGUUCAGCUCUCGCGCAACUCCUUCACCAUUCAAACGAAUGGAGCCACCGACCUGGUGGGCGCUCAGAUCGAGCUGCCCAUUGACCAGAACAUGCUGCAACAAGCUGGUGUGACCGCCGACAACACUUACGUCGCGAUGCUUUCUCGAGACCGUCAGGCUUGGAUUAUUCAGGAGAGCAUCAAGAGUGUCAACAUCACCGAUGCGACCGUCCGCAUGGUCAAGAUGAACACGAUCGACGGCGAGUACGUCGCCGUUGGCCGUCAGACUUCCGAGCUCGGCACGUCCCUCACCCCGUUCGGCCAGCCCGUCACUAUCGCUGGAUCUGGCAUCCAAGAAGCAGAGUUCACCGACGGGUUCCGCAUGUCCAUCCGGGCGAGCCAGCCGAUGAGCAUCAAGACCGAUGUCGUCAACGGUAUCAGCACCGACAUGGUCACCAACGGCAUCAUGUCCAUCAACAACUACCGCUAUCUCGUCACCAGCAAUUUGGCUGGUGUCGUUCCUAGCCUCAACCAGAUGACCGCCGUCGUCCAGAUGCCGCUCAAUGUUGACCGACUCAUGGCUAUGGCCAUGCGCGCGGGCGCUUCGCCCCAGUCAUCCAUCACGCUUGGCAUUGCCCAGCGUCCCGUUCUCCAGAACCCUGGCGGCGCUACCGGUGGACUUCAAGCUCCUCGCCAGAAGCGUCAGAACAAUGAAGCCAACAACGGCACUGCUUCCAACGAGCCUAACGGACAGCCCCAAAACGGCGCCAGUCCUAAUGGCGCUGGAACUGCUAUUGGUGCUUCUCCCGCUGCUGGAAACCCUAAUCAAGGUAACCAGGGAGGUAACAACGGAGGAAACACGAACCAACCUCCCCAGGGCAACGGAAACAACCCGCCUCAGGGUAACAACGGAAACCCUAACGCGGCUGGCCCGGCCAUCCCCGCUGCGACCCAGCUUCUGCUCGCUCAGACCUUUAGCCCCAUCAACGCCCAAGUCCUCCUCGACCGAGAGAAUGCUCGCAUCGCCGUGCCCGUUGGCCAGAUCGACGGUGAGUUCAUUCUCACCAUGAUGGUCGGUGGAACUCCCGUUGGAACCCAGCCUCAGCCGGCUCCUCAGCAGGGAGGUGGUAUCACUGGUCAACCUCAACAGGGUGGUCUCGGUGGCCAACCCCAGCAGGGCGGCCUCGGUCAACCCCAGACAUCCCAGCCGCAGACUCCUCGACCGGCCACCCCGGCUCAGCCCCAGCAGCCUGCCGCGGAGCCGCAACAGCAGCCUCAACCAGCGGCGCCCGCGGCCGAGCCUCGUCCUCAGCAGCCUGCGCCUGCUCCCCAACAGCCCGCUCCCCAGCAAGAACCCAGACCUGCGACGCCUCCUGCUCCCGCUGUGCCCGCCCCUGCUCCUGCUGUUCCGGCUGCCCAGCCCCCUGCCGCUGCUCCCGCUCCUGCCGCUCCCCCCGCCGCGCAGCCCAAGCCUAACGGCCCUCCCACCGGCGGCGCCAUCACCGGCAACCAGCCCGGCCCCGGCGGCGGUGCCAUCACCGGCUCGCCUCCCCCUCAGCCCGGCCGUCCCGCUCGCAGACAAGAAGCUCCUCAAGUUCCCCCCACCGGCGCCAUGGGUUUCGAGAUGAAGAUGGCGGACCUGAUGGCGAUGGCGGAGAACAAGAAGAACGGCGGCACCAUGGCGACGUGGGAGAUGAUGACCAACUUCGUCGCGCAGCAGAAGUCGGCGGAGCAGCAAAAGGAGAUGACGAAGAGGAGACGGUCGUUUCCGGUGAGACGACGCCUCGGUGGUGUGCAUUUCUAA